ACACUUACUCCCUCAUAUCUCUCUUUCUCUCUCUCUCACUCAAGAGUCUCUUCCCUAGUAGGUGUGCUCACUGUAACUUGAUGAAGAUCACACCCAUGGCUAUCAUCGUCUCCGCCAUCUUUAUGCUUUUAUUUUCGUUCAUCAUCAAAGGUGCUCAGGUGGGCGGGGUGGGCGUGAGCUACGGCGCGGCGGGGACGAACCUCCCGGCGCCGGCCGAGGUGGCCCGAUUCCUCUCCGACCGCACCGUCAUCGACCGCGUCAGGCCGCUUCCGCGCCUCGCACUCGCGCUCGCCCGUCCCCGCCUCCUCGUCCGGCUCACCGAUCUCUCCCUCUCCCGCCGCCUCGUCCAAGCCCUAAUCCUCCCCCUCGCCGCCUCCCCCGCCCCCGUCGCCCGCGUCCUCCUCGGCGCCGACGUCGCCUCCUCCCCCAACCGCACCCUCGCCCUCGCCCUCGUCCCCGCCAUGCAGAACCUCCACACCGCCCUCGCCGCCUCCGCCCUCGACCGCCGCGUCAAGGUCUGCGCCCCGCAGUCCCUCGCCAUCCUCGCCUCCUCGUCCCCGCCCUCCUCCGGCCGCUUCGCCGACGACGGCGCCGUCACCGCGCCGCUGCUCCGCUUCCUGCGGGCCACGGGCGCGCCGUUCAUGGUGAGCGCGUACCCCUUCCUCGGGGCCACCCCGGAAACCCUAGACUACGCCCUCUUCAGGAUCAACCCCGGCGUCGUGGACCGCGGGACGGGGCUGGUGUACGGGAACAUGCUCGAUGCGCAGCUCGACGCCGUGUACGCCGCCGCGACGAGGCUAGGGUUUGGGGACGUGGAGAUCGCCGUGGGGGAGACGGGUUGGCCCACUUCCGGAGUCGGAGUCGGAGUCGGAGUCGGCGUCGACUUCGCCCGGGAGUACAACGCGAAUCUCGUGCGCCACGUGGCGUCCGGGGUGGGCACGCCGCUCAUGCCCAAUCGCACCUUCGAGACCUACGUGUCCUCCAUGUUCGACGACGACGAUCUCGGGCCCGGGCCCACCUCCGCCACCCGGAACUUCGGGCUCUUUCGCCCCGAUUUCACGCCCGUUUACGAUAUCGGGCUCCUCAAACCGGAUCAGGGAAUGAAACCGGCAAUCUCAGCCCUAACUCCGACGAGCCCAACGGCGUCCGAUUUGAGGCGAUGGUGCAUUGCGAAGCCGAAUGCGGAUGUAAUGGUGCUGCAGGAGAACUUAGACUACGCUUGCGGCCAAGGGAUCAACUGCAGUCCUAUACAACCAGGUGGAGCCUGCUACUACCCUGACACAGUGCAAGCUCAUGCCGCUUACGCGAUGAAUGAGUACUACCAAGCUUCUGGGAGGAACACCUUCGACUGCGAUUUCGGACAGAGCGGAAUGGUCAUGACGACGGAUCCGAGCUACGGAAACUGCAAAUAUAGCUCGUGAAGGAGAGAGUAAGCAUCAUAGAAGGGAAUUGUUGCAUGGAGUAGUUAUACUCUUUAGUGUGACGCAGUAAAUAAUAGCUAAUGGUUUACUUCUCAAGCUUCUGCUUAUACUUGAAUGUACUUCUCAAGAAUCAAGUGAGCCUUCAUUUUUUUUUUUUUAACCCCACUUCUUGCCAAAGCUUUGUUAAUAUUCAGAAUCAAAUAAAUGUUUGUUUAUUCAAGGGUUUUAUGCUUCUUCU